AUGGAGCCUGCUUCUAUAAGACAUGGCCAGGCAUAUGGCUUGCAAAUCGACGGAGGCAAUUCCUAUACAAUACAAGCUCAGCGCAUGCGACAAGCACAGUCCCUCACCGGUGACUUCGAGGCGCAAACCGUGCAACAAUCCGGUGCUAGAAGCUGGCCACAACGCGCAAUAGCUGAGAUGAAGGACAUGUUUCUGCUUCUAAGCGCAGAUGGCACGAUAACAUACGCCUCGCCCUCGUGCCAGUCGAUUACGGGAUACACCACGAAACAAUUGGAGGGAAAGCCGCUGUCCUACUUCACACACCAAGACGAUCGCGCAAUAUUUUCCGAGGAACUAGACCAAUGUGUUGCGACGGGAUGUGCUCUACAUCUGCAUUUCCGGUUCAGCCGCGUGGGUGAUUCGCACUGCAUUCUGGAAGCCUCCGGGCAUCCCCACAUGUCGAAUCAGGGCGGGAACAACGCAGAUGGAAAUAGCAAACCCUACGACGGAGUCUUUAUCAUAUGCCGGCCAUAUCCGACCAAAAGCGCUCAGUUCAUCGACUCCUUCCUCGAACACAAGAUCGAGAAUAUCCGAUUGAUGCAACAGGUCACACGACUCAAGGAGGAAGAGGAGGAGGAAUCAAAAGCGAACAAAGCACCAUAUGCAAGAUCGGACCAUUCAAGCAGCAGCAACAAGACAUAUUUCAACCAACCUCCACGUUUCAUCGCAUCAAACCCAGCUGGUUUCACCGGUACCAUUAUCCCCGAUUUCAUUACAUCAGCAGAAGAAUAUGAAUCAUCAGAUACCCUUGAGCCCGAGCAACCCAAACCAUUUGCCGCCGAGAAUCUAUCUCACAUUGAAGGGAUCGAAGUCCUAACUGGUUUGCACUACGGAGAAGGAGAGAGAUCUCAGGGUAUUAGCACUGGUAUCCGCCGUGGUCGCCUCAUCCAAUGCGACACCGAUUUUACUAAGAUAGACCAGCAGGUCCGCAGUAUGGAGGAGAGCGAUAGGAGGAAACGUCUGAGAGGAGAAUAUCGAUGUAGCGACUGUGGGACUUCAGACUCGCCCGAGUGGCGAAAGGGUCCUAAGGGACCUAAGACUUUGUGUAAUGCUUGUGGAUUACGAUGGGCCAAAAAGAAGCGCCAGACACCACCAACCUAG